AGUUUUUAAAAGUUGCAGGGAAAGCUGUGGAGAAGCAGAUCCGCUGUGGAGCAAGGGAAGCACUGAGCCACGUCCGGCAGCCACACAACACGUGCACAAUAUGUCUGCGACACACUUCAACAGGGGCCCAGCCUAUGGCAUGUCUGCUGAAGUCAAGAAUAAGCUAGCACAGAAAUAUGAUCCCCAGCGGGAACAUGAACUGAGACUAUGGAUUGAGGAAAUGACGGGGAAGCGCAUUGGAGACAACUUCAUGGAAAGUCUGAAGGAUGGAGUCAUCCUAUGCGACCUCAUCAACAAACUCCAACCUGGAUCUGUGAAGAGGGUGAAUGAAUCCACACAGAACUGGCAUCAGCUGGAGAACAUUGGCAACUUCAUUAAAGCUAUCACAAAAUACGGAGUGAAACCUCAUGACAUCUUUGAAGCAAAUGAUCUCUUUGAGAACACAAACCACACCCAGGUCCAGUCUACACUGAUUGCUUUGGCUAGCAUGGCCAAGACAAAAGGCAACAAGGUGAAUGUGGGAGUGAAAUAUGCUGAGAAGCAUCAGCGCAAAUUCCUGCCAGAAAAGCUGAAAGAAGGCCGGAACAUCAUUGGUUUGCAGAUGGGAACCAAUAAGUUCGCCAGCCAACAGGGUAUGACAGCAUAUGGCACACGUCGACACCUCUAUGAUCCCAAAUUGGGCACAGAUCAACCUCUAGAUCAAGCCACAAUCAGUCUACAGAUGGGAACCAACAAGGGGGCUAGCCAGGCAGGUAUGACGGCUCCUGGAACCAAGAGGCAGAUCUUUGAGCCCGCCCUGGGCAUGGAGCACUGUGACACUCUGAACAUCUCCCUGCAGAUGGGCAGCAAUAAAGGAGCAUCACAGCAGGGCAUGACUGUGUAUGGGCUGCCCCGGCAGGUCUAUGACUCCAAGUAUUGCCUUACACCCAACUAUCCCAUUAUUGGAGAUGAUGAAGACAAUUACAACCACAGCCAUCAUAACUUCUACAACUCAGAAUAAACAGCAGGAAUCAUGGGACAGACAUUAAACAGAGACACGGGCACUGCAAAGGCACUUCCAAAAAAGAUCCACCAUCAAGCAGUUAUUUUAUCUUGGGAAUAAGAAGAUCCCCAAAACUGCUAACCAGCUCGCUAGAGACUCCUUAAAGCCAUGCCAAACCAAUUCUCCCCUCCAGCAUCCAUCACUGAGCCUCAAGAGCUUCACUUUACCUUUCACGCUUUUAUUUAACUUAUCAAAUACUGCCACUGCUUUUAAGCAUGCACUACUGUGGCUCAAAUCCCUCAGCACAGAAUGUCAUAGAAAAUGACCCAAUAGAGUGAGAGAACUAGAAAAAAGGGAAUGAGUACUCUUGAUAUCUCUUCCUUGCUCCAGAAUAAUUACCAAGCCUCCUCCACGGCCAUCACAUCUCUGUGGCUUGUGCCAGGCACUGCUGCUGUUUUAGGUCUAAGCAGACGCACACAAUGGAUGUACAGCUUUUCUAUGUGAUCCUACUGACUCCUAUGUUCCCGUUUUGCACAUUCAUUAACAGAAGUUGCUCUAGUACAAGCCACAUUAUCCAGCCUACUCUUGUCUUUAACCAGCCUCAUGGUGAAAGGACAAGCAUUCCAGCUACCUACUUUGCCAUAGGUUCCAGUCACUUUUGUAUUCUAAAUGCAAACAGUUUGCCCAAGAGCACUGGCAAAGUGAAUCUGCUAUUGGCUUCUUGAAAAUGAAAGAUGUUUAGGUAGAAUGCAUGUACUGUGGACAGAGACUAUGGAAAGGAGGUUGGACACUUAAAGAGAUAGUGUAUGCUCACAGAGCAUAUCUGAAAGUAUGGAGGUUUCCCAAGAUUGAUGUGAUAGAUCAUUUGGAUGGGACAAGAGACAGGAAGAUAGACAUGUAAACCAAGGCUGUUCAUCUUCUAAAUUUUCACACAUUAUCUGCAUACCUGGAAAGUAAAUUACCAGACUCUUAAGAAUCUAGUCUUCACUAAAAAGAAAAAGUGUCUAGCCCUUUUUCUCUUCAGUCUAGCUGUACAGCAUGCAGGCAGCUUCUACAAUUGAUUCAGUUGCUUGGGGAUGGGAAUUUCUUAGCAAUUUAUGGCUACCUGUCCCUUCCUACUUUUGACUGCUUCUCCUGCCUUUUAUUUAUCAAUAGUUCUGUCAGAAUGGCUCUUCCUUGCCAUAAACCUCAUUCAUCCCAAUGCACACAAACUUCAUAAUAGAAAUGAAUAAAUGUCAUGCAAAGUAACCAUGUUUGCAUACAAUCUGCAGUAGUAUUUAAAGUUCUUGAGGAAAAGAGCAUGGACAGCUUUGGAAAAGACUAACAGAUACGCCAGUUGCCAUGGAACUAAUUCAUGUUUAAAACCAAGCUGCUUCUUUUGCUAUCCAGAUUCAUGUGCCUUAAAUCCACUUUGCAGUUCAAGGUUAGAAUCACAAGUCAAAAUAUGCAUACAUACAAAUGCACACACCAAAUUAAGUUCCACUGAAGUAAUUGGUACUUAGCCCCAUAUCUAAGUUAGAUUUAGGACAGGGUUCUCAUUUGAAGAAAUGUUCAUUGUGUGAGUUUUAAUCAGUUAACCUGUAUAAAUUGUAACCACCACCACCAUCAUUCUGAAGAUAAAAGUUCCACUCAGUUUUUUGAUGAGGCCUGCAUUUGUCACAAUUGGUACCAUGUAAAAGGAGGCAUUUUCUCUCUUAUGGAGAUGGAAAAUAAAUGUCUCUUACAAGGUACCUGUAAUUACUCACACUGAAAAUAGGUUUUUUUAAAAAAUCUUUUAACUGAUGAAAGUAUUUGUUUGGUUAAUUAACAGUGCAACCCCACUUUAAGAUUGGUGUGCUUGCCUACAUCGUUUGUGUAUGAAUGAAGAACAGGAACAGCUGAUUUCACUAACUUUUUGUACUGACAUGUUGUCUGGCAGGAAAUUUAGAGUUAAGAGUGGGCAAUUUGGCCAUUUAUUCUCAACUAUGAUGUGUCAGACAUUGUUAGAAACCAACAUUUCAGACAAUGCCAGAACUUAAGACUAGUGAGAAGUCUGCUGUACUGCCGCGAAUGAAAUCCCAGUGAAUCCCCUUUUCCCAGAGUUAGAGACAUCCUGCAUGCUGAACAGCUUAUACUUUGCUCCUCAAAACAAAUCAACCCAUUUAUUCUAAAAAUGUUUGUAAUGUUCUGCUAAUGAACAGUUUUAAAAUUCACUAUGGCACAAUAAAGAGAAAAAAGUUUAUUUAACAUGA